UUUCUCUCUCUCUUUCUCUCAGAACCGAGCCCACUCCCUCCUCAGCGGUCGAGCCGAUGAGUUUCGGAGGAGAAAUCGGAAGAGCAGAUUAAACAAGUGUUGUUUUUGUUUUGAGAGUAACAGCACAACAGCAGGAAUCUGACCCAGACUUCUAAUAGCCAACCCUGCCACCUUCACAUCACUACAGAGGUUAGAUGAGAUUCCUCACAAGAGGAUAACUCUGACAGGCAGUAAUAACAACACUAUCUACUCCCCUGGGACUCUGCAAGAAUCUCUGUUUUUGUGCCAUCUGCACCAAGCCAAAAAGGUCCUGUCUCCUGUGAGUGUGCCACGUCUGUGCUGAGAUCCUGCAGUCAAUUACUUGAUCUUCUUUACCCCCUCCUGGAGCUAUUACCAACAGCUUCACAUCCCACUGCUUUGCUGGUUGCCUGCAGCUCCUCUCAUCUUGAGCCACGAUGAAUGAAGUUCAGGAGGCAACCUCCCCUGCAACCAGCCUGAGCGGCCCAGCUACCUGUGUUUCCAAAGUUGAGUUACGUGUAUCUUGCAAAGCUCUGCUGGACCGAGACACGCUGAAUAAGUCAGACCCCUGUGUUGUACUCAUGGUACAGAACAAUGGACAGUGGGUUGAGUUGGACAGGACAGAAGUGAUCAAGAGCAACUUGCAUCCAGUUUUCGGGAAGGUGUUCUGUCUGGAUUACUACUUUGAAGAGGUACAGAAGCUGCGAUUCGAAGUCUACGACAUCCACGGGACUCACAGCAUAGGGACACGCGAAGAUGACUUUCUGGGUGGCAUGGAGUGCACACUUGGCCAGAUUGUGGCCCAAAAGAAGAUGGUGAAGCCUUUGUUGCUGAAGUACGGGAAAUAUGCCGGGAAGUCCACUAUCACAGUGCAUGCUGAAGAAAUUUCCGGCAACAACGGGUAUGUGGAGCUCUCCUUCUGUGCUAAGAAGCUGGAUGAUAAGGAUCUGUUCAGCAAGUCAGACCCAUUUCUGGAAAUAUUUCGUAUCAACGACGAUGGAACUGAACAGCUUGUCCACAGAACUGAGGUGAUCAAAAACAACCUGAAUCCAGUGUGGGAGCCCUUUAAAGUGUCACUCAUAUCUCUGUGCAGCUGUGAUGAAGAGCGGAAACUCAAGUGCCUGGUGUGGGAUUACGACUCCAGGGGGAAGCAUGAUUUCAUUGGCGAGUUCUACGCCACUUUCAGGGAAAUGCAAAAAAUUUCCAGCGGAAAUAAGGUUUCAUGGGAUUGUGUGAAUCCUAAAUAUAAACAGAAGAAGAGAAACUAUAAAAAUUCAGGAGUUGUCAUUCUCAGUGACCUAAAGCUCCACAGAGUCUACUCCUUCUUAGAUUACAUUAUGGGAGGAUGCCAAAUUCAUUUUACGGUUGCUAUUGACUUCACGGCUUCCAAUGGAGACCCGAGGAACAGCUGCUCAUUGCACUACAUUAACCCGUACCAGCCCAAUGAGUACUUAAAGGCUCUGAUAGCAGUGGGGGAGAUCUGUCAAGACUAUGACAGCGACAAGCGGUUUUCAGCCUUGGGUUUUGGUGCCAGAAUUCCUCCAAAUUAUGAGGUGUCCCAUGAUUUCGCCAUUAAUUUCAACCCAGAGGAUGAUGAAUGUGAAGGGAUCCAGGGAGUCGUUGAGGCAUACCAGAACUGCCUUCCCAAGAUACAAUUAUAUGGCCCAACAAACGUUGCUCCGAUCAUUAACAGGAUAGCCAAGGUGGCAGCAGGCGAUGGCAACAUUAAAGAUGCUUCGAGAUACCACAUCCUACUCAUCCUCACAGAUGGCGUGGUCACAGACAUGGCGGACACACGUGAAGCCAUUGUUCGCGCGUCCUACCAGCCUCUCUCCAUCAUCAUUGUUGGCGUGGGCAAUGCAGAUUUCACAGACAUGCAGAUCCUGGAUGGAGAUGAUGGCGUCCUGCGAUCGCCAAAGGGCGAGCCCGUCCUCAGGGACAUUGUGCAAUUUGUCCCCUUCAGAGACUUCAAAACGGCUUCUCCUGCAGCUCUGGCCAAGUGUGUUCUUGCAGAAGUACCUGGUCAAGUAGUUGAGUAUUUCAGCCAUAAGGCAAUUUCACCUAUGAGCCCAAUGAGGGAGUUGCUGAGCCCCAUCCUGACCCCAGUGGCCACCACCCCAACAGAAUAACUGGCUGCUCUGUACCAGCAGCCCACCUUGGAGCGCAGCACCAGUCUGGCACACUAAGAGGGAAAGAAGAUGCAUGUCUCUAGAUGAGAACUGAAGAGAAAAUUCUUCUAAAUGUGUUAUUUAUUUUAAGCAAAAUGUUUACACAUAGACUGAAAUUCAAGGGAUUGUGGGUUACAUUUUUGUGCUCUGUGUGGGUUGAGCACUUCUCCCUUUCUGUGCGAAUUGACCAUCCAGCUUUUUCAGCAACACAAUCCCUGAGAGCUUAAGUUUUCUCCUUUUAAUGUUUUCUGCAUGCAGGCCAGGACCUUAAUGAUGAUUUAGUGAUCAGACAGAGGCUUGUUUUUCCUUUUUAUCCUCACAAGGUGUCCCUCUCCUUUUCACACGUUUAAAUAAUUUUAAAUGAAAUCAGAACUAGAUUGUUUGACAAUAUUUAAUCAAGAUAACAGAACUGUAAGAAACACUGCAGUUUAUUGUUUGACUCAUAAUUUGCCUGUAGGCUUAAGAGUGGGUCUGGUGGUAGAAUUGGCCUUAUUUUUUAAUUGCAACAUUUCUAAGCACACAUAGAUCAUAAUUUUAAUAUACAACACAGGAAAUGACAUCAAUAUGCACUGUAAAUGUCUCAUUUUUCUAUGUAAGUGUACUUCUUGAUGUAAUAUAUUGGUAAAAGCUUUGUCUGAAUGUGCACUAGCCACUACCAACAAAUCAAAACCUGCUUUACAAUACAUGGGAAUGGCACAAAUGCAAAUAUGGACAAGGCUGAUGAGUUCAGUAUUAUCUAUUUAUACUUCACCAAAUCCAAACAGAGGUCAUCUCCGAACACCAGACUGGAAAAGCAAACAAGAUAAAUUAAUGUUUGGUUGCUUAAAGUCAAUGCAACCUUUCAAGUCAGGCUAUAUGUAAAUACCAACAUGGAACCAACAUCCAGCUACAUUUUAUGUUCACAAUUUGUCACCUUGUGAAACUGCAAGUGACAUAACUUCACAAAUCUGCAGUAUGUGUUAUAGCUUUGGGUCUUUAUGCGCUUUUCUUCUCUUUAAGACUGUGAGCUGGGGGCUUACAUAAAAAAUACAACUGAAUUGGAUUCAUUUUUUUUUUGGCAAAAUUGAACCAGUUUUUGGUUUGUUGUCAAGUGGCUACAGUAAGCAGUGAAAAUCAUGCGUCAUGGCAGGUUAUCUCCGAACCAUUGUAUUGUUGUCAUCUCUUAGCAACCCAUAAUACAGGUAUUAACCCUUUACGUAUCUGCUGUAAGUUUUGUUUUGCAGAGACACUCAGUUUACCUUUUUUGCUGCUUUUAUAUGCAAUGUAAUUCUACCAGAUGUUUAAUAAAACAUUGAAGUUGUGAGAAGUUUAAAUCAAAGCAAAGCACAAAAGCCAAUUCUCGGUUAAUGGUGUAACACGCUAAUAUUGAGUUAAUUUACAUCAGAAUAAUACAUUCUUGGAAAUUAAUGUCACCAAUUUCCUUUUAGUGUUUCUUACCAUUAAACGAGUGUUUCCCAAGACCAA